AUGAGCAAGAAAUCUGUCGUUGGUGACGUUGAGGCGUCGACUUCGGCUACGGUAUUCGACGACACCUUAAAAGGACACCAUAGGCGAACAUCGUCUUUAUGGGUUCCACCAUCAAGGCCUAUAUUCUCGUCCCCCUCGCAAGUAUUCCGCGAGAAAGCUGAAAACGGCGAACGAAUUCUGAAGUCACAUCCGGCAACACGAUGGAUGUUUCGGAAUGGCCCGAUAUUACCCCAACAACGGAUAGUGUCGCCCAACAAUCAGACAGAACCUCCGCCGCGCUACGAGCAUCCGAAUCGCAAGUAUUGUGAUAAUCGGAUAUCGACGACCAAAUAUAAUCUGAUCACAUUUAUCCCCCGAAAUUUGUUUGAACAGCUACACCGUGUUGCCAAUCUUUAUUUUAUCUUCAUUGUAAUUUUGAAUAUGAUAAUUGGAGCAUUCGGUAAAUACAUUUCUUGGAUGCCAAUUUCGUUCGUGUUGGGAAUAACGGCACUCAAAGAUGCAUUCGAAGACUACCGACGAUAUAAAUCAGAUCGAAAAAUCAAUCACUCGACGUGCCGCGUGUGGGAUUCGAGUCAAGGAAGAUAUCGAAAACUCGAAUGGCAGAAUAUAUUGGUUGGCGAUUUUGUGCAUUUAUCACACGACGAAAUUAUACCAGCUGAUAUGUUGCUUCUUAGAAGUAGCGAUACGAAUGGUAUCUGCUAUGUCGAAACAUCAAAUCUUGAUGGCGAAACCAAUCUGAAACAGCGACAAGCGGUUCGAGCAAUGGGAAAAUACCACAACUCAAAUGUGCCUCUCGAAUUCUCUCCGAAAGAGUUUAACUAUUUGGUGUCUUGUGAACAACCAACAACAGAUGUAUAUAAAUUUGAGGGAAGAUUAGAGCAAAUGGAAGGAGGUCCUCCAAUUCCGCGCGAAUUUACUGUUUUGGCAAAAGAGAAUUUUCUUCUUCGAGGCUGUGUUAUCAAAAACACGGAUUUCGUUGAAGGAAUCGUUCUUUAUGCUGGAAAGGACACGAAAGCCAUGCUUAAUAACAGUGGCCCACGUUAUAAGAGGAGUUCAUUGGAGAAAUUGGCGAAUAUUGACAUUUUGUGGUGUGUUGUUAUUUUGCUCACAAUGUGCAUUAUUGGAGCAAUUUUAUCAGGAUUUUGGCUUCGUGACUAUAAGGAACCAUAUUUAACUCCAUUUUUGGUGUUCAUUGACAAAAACAGCACCUAUCAUACAAACAAUGAUAAAAUUUAUGAAUACAAUCCGUCGUUUCAAAGUUUUUAUGGGUUUUGGAAUUAUAUUAUUGUAUUACAAGUUAUGAUUCCAAUAUCUUUGUAUGUUUCAAUCGAAUUCAUCAAACUUGGACAAGUUUGGUUCAUGUCGCAAGAUAUCAACAUGUAUCAUGAGAAAAGUGACAAACGAUUGCAGUGCAGAGCGUUGAAUAUCACGGAAGAGCUAGGACAGAUACAAUACGUAAUGUCAGAUAAGACCGGAACAUUGACUGAAAAUCAGGAAUGGAUUAAGCGCACCAAAACUAGAAUUAAUGGUAGCGGUUUAGAUGCUCCAACUGCAAUUAGUGUGGCAUUAGAAAGAUCGAAUAGCGAUAGUCCAGAUGUGAAAGCCAAGAAGCAAUUGGCUGCGCUUGAGGAGACCGCCAUGAUCACUGGUCGUCCACGUCCUUCUAGAGAUGUGAAUCUUGAAUCUCAAUUGGCGACAAUUGUGAGAAAGGAUUUCGCCGACAUUGAUGAUCCGAUUUAUGCGUUUUUCUUAACUAUGGCCAUAUGUAAUACGGUCGUCGUUAAUGCAAAACCUCAUGAGGAUUUGAUGGACCCUGAAGGAGAUAUGGUGAAUUCGCAAUUCAUGAGUCUAGAUGAAGAUAGCACAACAACGGUAUCGACGCCGGCAGGUGCUGCUGAGAACGAUGAUUUCACGGAAGGGGCAAAUGUCAAAUUUUUGGAUGAAGUUAUUGAGGAAGAAGUGACACCUGAAACAAAAAAUGAGGAAGAUGGAUUCGAGGAAAUUGAGUUGAUCGAUAUCGCAGAAGAUAAAAAGUCUGAAGAGGAAGAAGAGCCGAAAAAGAAUAAUGAAGAUGACAUUACGGUGAUUAAGCGCAAAAAUGAUGAUGUUAAUAAUUUCAACGGUGAACGCAGGGAAUCGAAAUUCGGAAUUCUUUCGCGACCUUCGAUUCUUUCUGUGCCACUAGCCAAACUAAAAGGGAUCAAAAGCCCAUUUCGUAGAUCAGACAAAAGAAAAUCGAGCUCAUCUGAUGUUAGCACACCUCUUCACUCAUUCUACGAUUCCGAAUCUCCUGAUGAGCUCGCUCUUGUUGAAGCUGCUCGUGAGUACGGUGUUCGAUUGAUGAGACGAAGAUUUGACGAGGUUGUGGUGCAUCUUAGACAUUCUGGAAAGUGCAUGCAAUAUAAAGUGCUUCACACCCUUCCAUUUGAUGCUGAUCGUAAACGAAUGUCGGUAGUGAUUCGAGAAUGUACUGGAAAGAAACGCGUAAUUUUGUUGACGAAAGGAGCUGAUGCCACAAUUCUUCCGGUGCUUAGCGAAAAAUUUGCGACUUCCGAGGAAGGAGAAGAUCUCAUAUUCAAGGCUCAAGAUCAUCUCACUGCGUAUGCGAAAGAAGGCCUCCGCACUCUUUGUCUUUCCAUGAAAAUCUGGACGGAAGAGGAAUACGAAGAAUGGAGAGAAAAACACGAGGAAGCUGAGUUGGAUGUGAGCAACAGAGAAGAGCUCCUCAUUGAGAGCAUGGUUCGAGCUGAACAAAAUCUUAUCCUUCUGGGAGUCACCGCGAUUGAAGAUCGUCUACAGGAUGGUGUCCCAGAAUGCAUCCAUUCCCUUCGAGAAGCCGGAAUCCGAGUGUGGGUUCUCACCGGAGACAAAAUUGAAACUGCAGUGAAUAUCGCCUACUCAUCCCAUUUGUUUUCACCAUCUAUGGACUUGUUGAAUAUUGGAGCAAACGGAGUUCGUGCUGUGUCUGAUCUACUUGAUGAACAUCUUCAAAGAAUAUCCCGGGUUCGCGAAAUAACAGAUGAUGCCGCUGAUAAUUUUGGUCUGGUACUGAACGCUGCAACGAUGAACUAUUGUCUUGAUCCCCACAAUCUCGAACGAUUUGUAAAGCUACUUAAAGGAUGUCGAUCAGUUCUCUGCUGUCGAGCAACACCACUCCAAAAGGCUCAACUUGUCUCGUUGGCGAAGAAUCAGUUAGCCGGAAAAGUAUUGGCAAUUGGUGAUGGCGCCAAUGAUGUCAGCAUGAUUCAGGGUGCUGAUGUUGGAAUCGGACUCUCCGGACAAGAAGGAAUGCAAGCUGUAAUGGCUAGUGACUUCGCAAUGGCUCGUUUCAAGUUUUUGUCGAAUUUACUGUUGGUUCAUGGCCAUUGGAAUUACUAUCGACUUGCGGAGACGAUUCUCUACUUUUUCUACAAAAAUGCGAUGCUUGUAUUCGUUGUUUUCUGGUAUCAAAUAUUCAACGGCUUUUCAGCUCAAGUGCCUAUCGAUCCAGUCUAUUUGAUGGUUUAUAAUCUGAUUUUUACAUCGGUUCCUCCUUUACUGUAUGGCUGGCUUGAUCAAGACGCAAGUGCCGAAACUCUACUAGAGAAUCCAAAGUUGUACGAGCUUGGAAGACUGGGAAAGAAAUACAAAUGGUAUUCCUACUGGAUCAACUUUUUAGAUUCAAUUUACCAAAGUUCCGUUGUCUACUGGAUAUGUCAUUUUAUAUACCGCGGAUCAGAUGCCUCAAUGUGGGAGUUCGGACAUUUGCUGGUGACUAAACUCAUUAUAGUCAACACUUUCCAUUUGGCAGUUCUUGUGCAAUAUUGGACAUGGCCAAUGUUCUGGUCGAUGUUCCUUUCCGUCCUUCUCUUUUUCAUCUGCGCUUUACUCUAUAACGGAUUCGUGACACCUAGCUGGACAUGGACAAAUGUCAAAGACCCUCCAUCAAUGGUCGCCUUACAGUCGUUCGCUGAUAUUCGAUUCUGGAUGGGACUCAUUAUCGCAGUCGUUCUUUGCUUAACCCCACGAUAUGUUAUAAUGUCGAUAUUGAACACGGUGUUCCCUUCACAGGUUCUUCGUCAGAGACUUGGAGCCAAGUCGGAUAUCAAGAAGACUGAGUCGAGGUUCACUUCAUGUGUUGUCGGGUGUAUAUCAGCUCCUAUUCGUUGCUUCAGAGCUUGUUAUUGUUGCAAGAAAACAAAAUCGCAUACGGUAACCGAUGAGAUGCAUUAA